CAGCCUUACCCCUGGUUCAAUCCAAUUCCCCACUUUAAAUUGAGUACAUGGUUUAUAUUCCUUUUUCUACUGUAUCCAAAUCUACAUCAUUAUCGCGUGCUUACCACGGCACAUUCAGCUGCCUCUCAAUAAGCCAUUCAUCGCGAGAACAACGAGCUUGAGAGGCGGUAAAGCCCCAAAGAUGACCAAUAAUUCAGACACACAAAGCGAUUUGUCCCCAUGCUCAAGCUUCGGAACUCUUGAUUCCCUCAAGAUAAAGGGAGCUAAUAUAGACCUGAGCUACGAAGAAUGUUACGAAGUGGAUGGCGUAACGGGUAUCGAGAAGGGCUUGUCUCUUUUAUCUGUGAACGAUGACAGCGCGGACAGACAGAAGUCAGACAUCCAAUUUGACCAUACGCAGUGUUUAUUCUGCAAACACAGCAGCAUAGAACUCGAUGAGAACCUCGAGCACAUGCUUAAAAGGCAUGGUCUUUUCAUACCGCAUACUUCUCAUUUGGUAGUAGAUAUUGAAACCUUGGCCGAGUACCUCCACCUCCUUAUAUUCGUCUACUUUGAGUGUCUGUACUGUGGCUCUCAACGAAGCAGUGCUCAAGCUGCGCAGCAGCACAUGAUGGGCAAAGGGCAUUGCAAGAUUGACAUACUCAGCGAGGACUCGGAAUUCAGGGACUUCUAUGAUUUUCACUCUACCUCUGACGACAGCGAUGGCGGGUCCAUAAAAUUGAUUCCAGAGGGCUUGAGUGGUGUCGUCGUCGAAGAAUCGAUGCGUUUGCCAUCAGGAAAGCUCUUGUCGCAUCGAACGGAAGGCAAACGGCGCCUACACCAACACCGGACAACUUACACAAAAGUUCGGGGCCUCCCUCCAACAAGUCCAUCUACGGCCCUCGAUAUAUCUAGGCCUCAGUCUGAUACAACUCUCGGCCAAUCUGCGCAGUCUGAAUCGAAUAAGAUUGCCAAACGCGAAGCUACUUUUCACAAUCAGCUUGCCACUUUGCGGGCUGGGGAUCGAAUGAGUCUCAUGCACUUGUCUAGGGUACAGCAGAAAGCAGUAAUUAUCAAGGGCAGGAAGCAGGUAGAAAAGGCCAGGAGGGAUGAGAACGAGAUGCUACUCAAAAGACAAAUAAAAGCCAAUCGGUAACAAUGAAAAGAAGGAUAAUUACUCUCCAUUUGUCAGACCAGGGAAAGUGUCACAGGCGACGAGCCCUAUAAAAAAACGAAUUUUUGUUUCCCGGGUGAUACGUCCUGUUUGCAUGAGAAGGCUGUGGGUGCACUGAUCUUUUGUAUGGUUUUCCAGCAAGACCUGUAAUUGAUACCUGGAGAUCGAUCGAUGGUCGGAAUGAACUUGGGAGAGCUGGCAGCUUGUAUUCUAUGUAGCAAGUCGACUUUAAUCCGAUUGUUUGCUUCAGAGUUCAAAGUGAAAGAAAAGGUUAGAGGAAUCAACGGGUGAGAUACAAGCCUCAUGGAGCAGACACGGCAUUAGCGCCGUUGUGGGGAACGACGCCGCUUGUUACGGGGCUGAAGAUUCAGGUGAUUAUGAGGGUAG